AAAUCGAGGCAAGCUACUGACAAACAAGUUGGUGGUGCAGGGGUUACAACAGUCUCGUUUGGAGUCAGCAUUUCGCAAAUUCUAAGGUCGUUAUAACAAUCUAGUUUUCCAAAACAAUCUAUCAUUGAAUCAAAUGCUGUCUGACGUGUUUCAUACCGAUUGUUAGGCCGUUCUUGGCACACUGAUUUUGACUACGGAUAACUCUGUUUACCUGAUCAAGAUAUAGGGCUCCUGGCGGGUGUGACUGGUCGACAGGGGAUGCUUACUCCUCCUAGGAACCUGAUCCCACCUCUGCAUCUCUCUCAGUAAAGGAAAUCAUUCGCAGUGACAAAAACGGAAAGUUAACGACAGCAUGGACUUCGUGCUGACGUAAAUCAGCAAUCAGACGAUAAGAACAAUAUGGCCGCGGCCAUUGUAAUAUUUUUGGCUGUGGCGACAGUGGCUUAUGGACGGGCUACAAAUUAUGGACGAAUAUCACUCGCAGAUCUACCCAGGUUAUUUGAUGAUGCUGCUUUAUUCGAUGAGGUCUACGAUCAGAGAAGUGUCUAUCCGGCACCAGAAAUGGUUCCUCAUUGGCCCGGAAAUGACGUGAAAGUGGGUCAAGUAGGUGGUAUAGCUGUCGAUAACAACAAAGAAGUUGUCAUAUUCCACAGGGGAAGCAGAAGCUGGGGAUUCAAUUCUUUCGACCAAAACAACAAUUUUGUCGACCCUGAAAGACAUGGACCAAUAAAAGAGAAUACCCUGAUCAGAGUGGACCCCAGUACGGGACACAGGAUUGAGAGUUUUGGUUCUGGAAAAUUUUAUAUGCCUCAUGGAUUGACGAUAGACAAAGAAGGGAAUAUCUGGGUCACGGAUGUUGGAUUACACCAGGUGAUGAAAAUUCCAAAAGGUUCUCAGGAACCUAAUUUAACACUGGGCGUUCAUCUUACGCCCGGAAGUGACGAUACACACUUUUGCAAGCCAACAGAUGUCGCUGUUGCUUCCGAUGGCAAUUUUUUCGUUUCAGAUGGGUACUGUAACGGCAGAAUCAUGAAGUUCAGUAAGGAGGGGAAAUUGCUCCACCAAUGGGGUAACAUGUUCCAAGGGUCUGUACAUUCGGCUGGAAAUGCCGAUUUUUUUAUACCUCACAGUCUGACCCUCAUAGAGUCACGUGAUACCAUCUGUGUGGCGGACAGAGAACACGGAAGAAUUCAGUGUUUCUGUGCUGGCCUAAAGAACGCCAACGAAACGGGACAGUUUGUGUCCAGUAUCAACCACAAAGAAUUCGGGAAAGUUUUUGCCAUUUCCUACGAUCCAAAUCUUGAUGUUAUCUAUGCUGUGAAUGGCCAAAGCUAUUUGGUUUCGGAGGUUGUGGGUUUCACGUUAGAACUCUCAGGAAACAUCGUUGAAAAAUGGUCUCCCGACGGAACGGGCUUUCAGAUGCCCCAUGACGUGGCUGUUUCCCCAGACGGUUCCAGUAUAUACGUGGGUGAAAUACAGCCUGAUAGAGUGACCAAGUUCAGGAGGGUUUAAUUCUCAAAAGAAAAUGAAAGCUGAUAGAAAGAAACUUCAUACUACUGUUCUGUGUUGUUUUGUCAGCCAUUAUUAUAGAAUAUACGGGGGUAGAACAGACAUUCAUUAAACGUUAAUACAUGUAACAUCUUGUGCGAAAAUGCAAAAAAAAACAAAAUUUAAAAAAAAAACGUUAUAUUCUAUAAGCAAUGUCACACACUGUAGUUUAUCUCUGAUCAACUACGCAAUUGCAUCGGGUAUGUACCAUCGUAAAAUACUAGUACGCGACAUGUUAUGGAAAUAAUGAAUUGAAAAUAGAUAGAUGACGACUAAAAAACAAGGUGAUGGAAAUAGGAAUUUAUCCUUAGGUUGUUAUUGGUGACAUUUUAUUAUCAUCGUUUCAUAAAAUAAUGUUUCGUUCAAUUCUGUGUGAUCUCCACUAAUCGUCUGCAUAUGAUACUGACAGAAAGUAAGAAGGAAAAAAUUUCCUGUGUUAUUUUGACUGAAAAUGUCGUAGUAAGUGUGCAAUAUGUGUUGUGUUAUGAUUUUUACGGGAAUUCAGUCUACUCAUUUCAAAUUCGUAUAAGUAUAUUUCGAUAACAUGAAAAUUGUGCAAGUUUCCUUAAAUAAUUCUAAAAACAUAUAUAUAUAUACACACAUUGUACAUGCAAAUACUUUCUAUUUUUGUUCGAUAUCCAUUUAAUGUUUUCAACUACUAGAAUUUUUAUCACUGUUGGACUUUUAGAAAUUCGUACGUUUGUCAUAAAUUGAUAUGUAACUAUUUAUAGAGGCUGUUUCGAAUUAAAAUCGUUAUUGUUUUGUUGCAAA